AUGCUUGCCAUUUGUUCAACAUCUUCAGAUGAAGGAAAUAAAUCAACAUAUCCUAAUGAAGAAGAUACUGACGGAAUUUUUAAUUCAGCAUCCACAGGAAUAAUUACAACAUCUUCAUCUUCACGUAUUCCAUAUUCUCAUCCACAUCAUCAUCAUCAUCAUCAUCAUAGAUCGCCAGUAUCACUUGUUUAUGGACAUACACCAACACCAGCAUAUGGAUUUGGUUUUAGCUUUUAUGAAGAUAUGUCUUCGUUUGCUGAUACUUCUCGAUCACCAUAUACAUUUAUUCAUACAACGAAACGUGCUGACCCAAAUAUAGAUGCUAAACUUGAAAAUAUGGAUUUAUGGAAACGUUUUGCUGCACUUAAUUUAGAAAUGAUUAUUACGAAAAAUGGAAGGCGUAUGUUUCCAACUUUUAAAAUUUUACUAACUGGACUUGAUCCAACAAGUAAAUAUAUUGUAUAUAUGGAUGUUGUACCUGUUGAUAAUCAUCGAUACAAAUAUCAUAAUUCUCAAUGGAUGAUUACUGGUGCAGCUGAACCACAUAUGCCAGGUCGUUUUUAUCCUCAUCCGGAUAGUAAUUCAACUGGAGCACAAUUAAUGAAACAACCAUUAUCAUUUGGUAAACUUAAAUUAACAAAUAAUACAACUGAUCAAAAUGGACAUAUUAUAUUAAAUUCAAUGCAUAAAUAUAUUCCUCGUCUUCAUAUAAUUCAAGCAGUUAGUUCAUCAAAUACUGACACGAAAUUAUCCAUGACACCAUUGGAUAAUGUCAACAUAUUCAUCUUCCCAGAGACCCAAUUUAUUGCCGUAACUGCUUAUCAAAACGAACAUGUCACUCGAUUAAAAAUCGAUAAUAAUCCAUUUGCUAAAGGUUUUCGUGACAAUAAUGGACAUGCUAAUCGAAAAGAUGUUAAAUCAAUUAAACGACAUAUUGAUGAUGAUUAUGAUCGAAGACUUAAAUGUAAUGAUCUAUAUACAACACCAGAAUCAUCAAAACGAUGUAAAUCAAGUUCCGGUGAAGAAGAUCAAACACCUCCUUCACGUAUUGUACCUGCAAGUAGUACAAUUGAUGUUCCUGAUUCAACAACUUCAUUUACUGAUUCAUAUGAAAAUCAAUUUCAUUCUCAUCAAAGUCAUUUAUAUGAUCCAAAUUUAUAUACAUCACCUUAUUCUCGAUUUGCUCCAACAUAUCCAUUUACUUAUUCGACAAUGACAUCAAUUGGACCCACAUCUUCGACCAAUCCAUUCACGUUAGCGGCAGCUGCUGCAAGUCGAUAUUCAUCUCCAUAUACAUUUUCUUCACCAUAUUAUCAACAUUCGACUUCGUCAUAA